UCGUAUUAUUUGACAAAAACUUCUUUAAAGUAUUCAAAGGCGCAAUCAAGCUCUGUGAAAAGCCGCAAUCAUUCCCUCUUUCUCGAUUCCGGUGGUGUGGUACAAGAACGGAUUGUUCUCUCAUGGCCAACAUCAUGACCUUCCCAGAGAAAUUUUUUAGGGUCCCGAUUUUUGACCUGCUUUGUGUGACUGUUGGGAGAACUUUUUAAAACGCUUGUGUGUAGUGGAAACCCCCAGAUUACUUAAACAUAGAAUAACGUCCUUUGAAUUAUAGGGCACAAGACUCAAUGCGUCAAUAACUAUUCCCGACUUACAUCUUAGCUGCAAUUCACAAACUUCUCCAUUAUUACACCUUUAAAAUCAUGUCGACUUCUGCAGUUCAUCUCAUGUAUCUUGGGCAAGAUGUUGCGUGUCCCAAGUUAAAAGACUCCAGGGAUGAGAUAUGCGCACCAUUCGCAUUUGAGUUUCUUCACAACACAUCAAUAGUGAAGGAUUCUUCCACUAAAGAAGCUCAUUAUGGCGAGCCCGACGAUUACUUAUUUCUCAUAGAAGUCACAAGGAAAAAAUAGUAAAAGAGAAAGGGAAAAAGGAUGAAAUAAUAAGAAUUCAAGACCGCAAUACAGUUCGUUUUCAUCCCUUUAUAUCUCGCCGUCCCCGCCGAAUACCAUCUGGCAAACUCGAAGGAACAGAGAUUCUGGGAGUCUUGUACUCCGAUGAUCUCAAAGUAUCUGCUAAAGCUGCAUUUCUCCAAAUAUGUACAAGCAUAAAAAUGGAAAGAUCAGAGUAUCAGUACAAAAAAUGGAUCAAUUUUUGUUUGAAAAAUGCAGACCGAGCGAACAUUUUUAAGCAUGCUCAUGAAACUACGAGCUUGAGAGUGGAAAACAAAAUUCCAAACCCGCAUCAAAGAAUACUAGAUCCUACGCAAGGAUGGCUCUAUGAUUAUAACAGGAGAGAUCACAUAUUGUGUUGUCCGAAAAGUGGCAGGCCAGUGUUCGAUGAGUAUGGGAGAUUUACCUGGGCUUUGGAUCUUAAGCCGAAGCCAAAAAGGACUGUUUCGGCACCUGAAAGGACACAGAACAAGCAGGAGAAGGACAAGAAGCCCAAGAAGAAGCAAACUGGUGGAUCUGGAUUUACUUGUAUCCCAAGGCCUGUUGGAGGACUCGUAGGGCGCAAACGAUCAAAUGAUAUGUAGGUUACCAGGCUGCUGUAAGUUUAAUACAUAUCGCAAUGGUCUAGUGAAUUCAUAUUGAAUGAGGAAAAUUUUAUUAGAUACCUCACUUUUUUUUUGGGAAAGAUUGCGUAUCAAAUUACAAUCCCCAAUCCCCAGUCCUGAUCGAGAAAGCACAAAUAUCUCCUUUGCACAGGAGAAAAACUCAACAUAUACAACCACCUCGAGAUUUUAACAUACAUAACCAACUUUGGACCGUAAUUUGCCAACUUCCGUCUGUCUCGCAGUUCUGGUACAUGCACCCAUU